AUGGUACUCUUAACGUUGCUUGGAGUAACUGCUUUAAUUCUAAGAGAAAGGAAGAAGGUCAACAUCACUCACUCAGGUCAAAAAGAAAAUGCAGAGCAGAGUGAUGUACCACCUGUGAAGAGUCCUGAUGGCCGAGAACUCGAUGACCCAGAUACAGUCUGUGCCGUGUCCAGCUGUAAUAAUGACAUCCACCAAUCUACAUCUCCAUUUCAGGAAACAUUAGACUGUAGAGUCAAUGUCCCCCAAGCUUCAGCCUGUGCAGCGGCCGACUGUAGUGAUGAUGCUCCCCAAGAUCCAGUUUGUCAGACAGAGGACACUGUCCCACCUCAGUCAAGCCAGAUACAAGAGGAUGAGACAACUAUUGUCAUCAAUUCACGCCGUUAUGAAGUCAAAGGUCAUCUGGGUGAAGGAGGCUUUGGAACUGUUUAUGCAGCGACUCGUUUGGAUGAUGGCCUACAGGUGGCAGUAAAAUUUGCCUCCAUCUGGGACACGAAACUCAUCAGCAUUGACGGCUAUCCUGAACCUCUUCCACUGGAGGUGGCUUUGCAAAUUCUUGCAAAUAAAGGCCCCAGGGUUCAGGAAAUCAUCCAGCUUCUGGACUGGCAGGUGGAGCCUGACUAUUACUUUAUGGUGCUAGAGCGGCCCAUGCCCUGUCAGUCCUUGUAUGAAUAUUUAAAGUGCUACGAGGGCACCAUUGAAGAGGACGUGGCACGAGUUAUAAUGCACCAGGCAAUAUUCGCAGCUCGAACAUGCUGCCUGCGUGGAGUGUUUCACCGGGACAUUAAGCUGGAAAACCUUCUGAUUAACCCGGACACACUCCAAGUCAAAUUAAUUGACUUUGGCUGCGGUGCGAUCCUCACCGACGCGGGUUACACGUCCUUUGCUGGCACAACAGAGUACUGCCCUCCAGAGUAUUACAUGACCGACAAGUACCACGGCGAACCAGCGACAGUGUGGUCACUCGGGAUCCUCUUGUUUGUGAUGCUUUUUUGUACAUUUCCAAAGAGACGGGACCUGCAGAAGAUGAAUGGUGAAAGCUGGACCAAAGCUGGCUUUUCGAAAGAAUGCUGUGAUUUUAUUCGCUGCUGUCUACAGAUCGACCCGAAGCAGCGAAUAGAACUGGACAUGCUCAGUCUCCACGACUGGUUUAUGGUGAAUACAUUUAGAUGA